CUUUUUGCCAUGUGAUAUGUUAAUCCUUCCGCGAUGAAAGCCGCCGAUGAAAAUUGACUGCUUCUCAUCCAAGGCAGAGGACCGGCUGUUCAGAAAGCUGUUCAGAAGAUAUAACCAGUUCAUCAGACCAGUGGAGAACGUCUCCGACCCUGUCACAGUGGAGUUUGAGGUCUCCAUCUCACAGCUGGUCAAAGUUGAUGAGGUGAAUCAGAUAAUGGAAACAAAUUUAUGGCUCAGACAUAUUUGGAAUGACUACAAGCUGCGAUGGAUGCCGGCUGAGUUUGAUGGAAUUGAGUUCAUUCGAGUUCCAUCAAACAAGAUCUGGAGACCUGACAUUGUGCUCUACAACAAUGCUGUAGGUGAUUUCCUGGUGGAGGAUAAGACCAAGGCUCUGCUUAAGUUUGAUGGUACCAUCACCUGGGUUCCUCCAGCCAUUUUCAAAUCCUCCUGCCCCAUGGACAUCACCUACUUCCCCUUCGACUAUCAGAACUGCUCCAUGAAGUUCGGCUCUUGGACUUAUGACAAAGCCAAGAUUGACCUGGUACUUAUUGGGUCUAAGGUGAACCUGAAAGACUUCUGGGAGAGUGGCGAGUGGGAAAUCAUUGACGCUCCGGGCUACAAGCAUGAUAUCAAAUACAACUGCUGUGAGGAGAUAUACCCAGAUAUCACCUACUCCUUCUAUAUCCGGCGCCUGCCGCUCUUCUACACCAUCAACCUCAUCAUCCCCUGCCUCCUCAUCUCUUUCCUCACAGUGCUGGUUUUCUAUCUCCCGUCCGACUGUGGAGAGAAGGUCACGCUCUGUAUCUCCGUCCUGCUCUCCCUCACUGUGUUCCUGCUCGUUAUCACAGAGACCAUCCCCUCGACAUCGCUGGUCAUCCCGCUGAUUGGAGAGUACCUGCUCUUCACCAUGAUCUUUGUCACACUCAGCAUUGUCAUCACCGUGUUCGUGCUGAAUGUACACUACCGCACGCCAAUGACCCACACAAUGCCGGGUUGGGUGCGCUCUGUGUUUCUCAAAGUGCUGCCAAGAAUUAUGUUGAUGCGGAGACCGAUUGAUGAAGACAGCAAGGCUGGGGGGUUGGACAGCAGUGGGGAGGCAGGAGGAGCUGGAGGGGGAGGAGGAGGCGGAGGAGGGAAAGGAGGGAAGAAGAGGAAGAAUAGUUUAAUGCAGCAGGUCGGAGGAGGUUCCCUCAACUGUCUGGAGUUUGGGGACAGUAAACUAUCACCCAUGGAGGGCUGCACCGGGAAGAAAUGCCCUUGCCCCUGCCAGCAUAGUAAUGAAACUCCAGAAACAACAGAUACGGGGAAGGUGACACGUCAGCUAAGUCCACAGAGCAUCAAUACAGUGGUGGCCUUUUCUGUGGUGUCACCAGAGAUCAAACAGGCCAUUGAAAGCGUCAAGUACAUAGCUGAAAACAUGAGGAGCCGCAACAAGGCCAAAGAGGUGGAGGAUGACUGGAAGUACGUUGCCAUGGUGAUUGAUAGAAUCUUCCUUUGGGUAUUUGUGACCGUGUGCGUCCUGGGAACCUUGGGCCUCUUCCUCCAGCCGCUUUGUGGCUUCGUCUCAUAACCGCUAAUCAAUCAGGGUUCACUGCUACCCUGUGUUGACCAUUUUCAACAAGUGACUAACUCACAGUUCUCAGUUGGCCCAUUAGAAGACAGACUUUUGAGUCCUGAAGAACUAUUUGGUGUGCUGGUUUUGUCUUUUGCAGAGUGCAGUAACAAAAACAGUGAAGUUGAGAGAAAAAAAGUGUUUGAACUGCAAAACAGAUACAAAGGUUGUAAUGCCUUAAUUUUAUGUCUUUUAAGGCUGUAUAUUUUACCCCAAAAAUCAUAACCAUAGAACCUACGGUAUACCUAAAAAUGCAUCUACAAAGUUUGUGCUUUCAGAUUUACUGUCCAUUUUAAUUAGUUUAAAAAAAUAAACUUUACUUCUAUUGUUUACAGUUCAUACAGUAGUUCACAGGAAUUAAAUGUAUAUCUCUGUUUUGCUUGGUGUCUGCCUGUCUACUUUUAAUAUUCUAUUUACAUUGAAAUCAAUAUAAAAAAAAUAAUUCAAUACAGUGAUUUAACGGUACCUUAACCACAUCUAACUGCAUGAAUUCCAUUAGAGCUGGUGGUUACUGCUACUCUGCUAAGAUAGUUACGUUAGCUUUAGCAGGAUUUUAGCUGGGCCUUUAUUUUUUAUUGUGAUUAAAUUCAGUUACUGCCUCAUUUAGUUAUGUGGAAUAAUUCACUGAAUUACCAAGAUUUCAGUCCAUUAAAAUGUACAGUUUUCAGUUACAGGUAACAGCUAGGGAGAAUCAAUAACUAGAUUUAGUUUUAGCUUUAGAUAAUGCUAGCCAUGGCUAUCUCACCAGUUAGCUUUGACUUGGUGUAGCUAUCUUGCUUUAGCUGUGUAAGCUAGUUGACUGUCUCUCUGUGGCAGAGAAUGGAGUAAGUGCAACAGUGUAUUGUAGAGUCCAGGGUUUACCUAAGCAGUUACUGCAGCCUGGGCAGUGAUAAAGCCAGAAUGCAAUAACUACACAGCCAAAGUGCAGUUACUGUGGUUUGGUUUCUUACCCCGUUUUGCAGUUACUGCAAAUUUUACAUUUGUGUUUUCAUGGUGAUUAUAUAAUCGCCAUAUCCAUCCAUAUAAUUUUUAUAUGACAAAAAAUAAAACAAAAUGACCACAAAAUGAAAACAUAUGUCAAAAAGUUAGAAUUAGGUCUCAACUGAGUUUUGAUGAAAUAUGUAGUUACUUUGUUUUCGGCUUUGCAGGGCAAAGUUGAUUCCUGCAUAGUUUGAAAGAGGUAUAUCAAAACUUGGCUGGGAUCAUGUAGAGACUACCAAAACAGUGGAGUUACAGCAGCCUGGUUAUUGAACUGGGAAUUUCCCAGGUCCAGUAGACAAACUGUCCACCAUACUGAACUCAUCCCUGCAGUAGCCAUGUAACUCAAUCACCCCCCCUCUCCCUUGAGCUGACUAAUGACUGUCAUACCCAAUCCCCAGUCUGAUUCAUCCAGCUGCUCGCUCUCAGAGCCAAUUGCCAUCGCUGCUUUUUUGUGUCAUUUCUAAUUAGAGUUCAGAUUUCUGGUGCACUUGACAGUGCUUUUAACAAAUAAGGGCAGGCUGUUCCUCUUUUGUAAUUAGAAUCCAUGUGUUUAUAAAUGUUCUUUCUGAUUAAUGUUCCACUAGGUAAUUGGUUGGCCCGGUAAAUAUUGGAUUAAACGGUACUUGAUUAGUUGCUCCUGAAAUAGCAUUACAUUUAUUAAUUCAUGAGCGGAUUCUAUCAUCCAAUUCCAUGGCUAUUAAUUUCACCUUUUUGUUUUCUUGUCACUUUUGAUUAAGUUUAGUAUUGAGAGCAAACAUGCAAUGCAAGAAACAAGCAUGACAGAAAUUUUGAUUGCUUUGAUGACAAAUAUAUUGUCCUCAGAUUACAGCACUGACUACAAAUACUGUUCACUUUCUUUAAUUUCAUCCACCCCUUUCAUUUUUGCUUAUAUCUAUUAUGUUUUGAUGUAUCAGAAACACACAGCUCAUGCU